AUGUUGUACAGAUAAGGGGUAAGAUCUUAGAGAAAAGAAUAGAUUUAGAUUACCAAGUGCUGAGUUUGAGAUGAGUAGAAGGCAAAGCUGGUGAGUUGAGUAUAUAUACAAAAAAUCAGUGGAGAGUCUCUUCCUAAGGGAAGCAAAACCAUGUGAUGGGAGGAUAUCAGAGGCAAUAUGUUUUCUUAUGCCUGGCAAAUGACAAUCAAGCCAUCAGGGUGUAAGAUGAAACAAUCUGAAUUGAUUACCGAGCGAACGACCCAUGAAAUUACUCCAUGUGAUUAUGUCUUCAAGGGCUAAUUUUUCAUUUUUGUGGUUCUCCCUGUCCGUUGCUAUCUACAGUAAUGAGUCGGCAUUCUUCUGAAGUAUUUUGCUGUCCAGCAACAUGGCAGAGAGAUAAUAAAUGUGACACCCUCUGCUCCACCUUAAUGGUUUUGCUAUCAAACAUAAGAAAACAUGCCCUCCUCGUAAAUAAACCCUCACACCCACCUAUCACAUGGUUUUGUUUCCAUGGAAAGGGAUCGAGUCUGGCAUCGUGAGCGUAUAUAAGCAAGUCACCUGCUUUGCCUCUACCAUCACAAGAUCAUCGUUCAGUAUUCUAAAGCCCUGAAGCUCACCUCUAGUUCUUGCUUAAGAUCUUCCCUUUAGAUUAGAGUGAAACAAGACAAGAUGAUUAGUGCCAAGAAGCUCAUCAAAUUGGCAAGGAAGUGGCAGAAGCUGGCUGCUAUCAGGAGAAAAAGGAUCACACUGCCGCAACCCAUUGAGAGAACUGAUACAAGCAGUUGCAGCACGUCGUCAACAACUCAGAAAGGCCACUUUGUAGUUUACUCCACCGAUCAGAAGCGGUUUUCGCUUCCUUUAGAAUAUCUUCACAAUAAUAUUGUCAGAGAGCUACUCGAAAUUGCAGAAGAAGAACUUGGAUCACCUAGCGAUGGGCCUCUAACAUUUCCAUGUGAUUCAGAUCUUAUGAAAUAUGUAGUUUCUUUGAUAGAAAACCAUAUUUCUGCAGAUGUAGAGAAAGCACUGUUGAUGUCCAUAGCCAGGAGUCACUGCUCAAUGUCUUUGGAUCCCCAUCAUGAAGUUCCAAGUCACCAAAUACCAAUUUGCAGCUUCUGAACAAUAGAAUCAGAGUUGUAAAGUUACUCCAAAGUUCAACAUUAAUGUAGUUUUAGUUCAGCUUCUGAAACGAACUUGUCAGCGAUGGCCUUGUCAUACUUUCCCUUUAACCAUUCUUUACGCACAUCUGAUGAAUGACAUUAGCAGGUAAUCACAGUGUCUUCUGUGAAGCAGAUGAACAAUAAGUAGCUGACCAGGAGCUGUACUAUAUCGGAUUUUUUACGACUUAAAAGGAGUUCAAUUUACAAGCACCAA